AUGUCGAACGCCGAGCUCGCCUCUUCCUACGCGGCCCUCAUCCUCGCCGAUGAUGGUGUCGAGAUCACUGCCGACAAGCUCCAGACCCUGAUCAAGGCUGCCAAGAUCGAGGACGUCGAGCCCAUCUGGACCUCCCUGUUCGCCAAGGCUCUUGAGGGCAAGGACGUCAAGGACCUGCUUUCCAACGUUGGCUCCGGUGGUGGCGCUGCUGCCCCCGCUGCCGGCGGCGCUGCCGCUGGCGGUGCUACCGAGGCUGCCGCCGAGGAGGCACCCAAGGAGGAGGAGAAGGAGGAGUCCGACGAGGACAUGGGCUUCGGUCUCUUCGACUAA